GGCGACUCACCCGCUCCGCUCAGUUAGUUAAGCGCGGCUUGCCAGUCGGUCCAGUCGAUCCGAUCCGCUGUCUCCGUCGAGCGUCGAGAUUCGAGAAUCGAGAUUUGAGAGUCGGGUUCCGAAGUCCCAGCCAUGUCCAAGUUCUCAAAGCUGGCCCGCGGGCUCUGCGACCUCCUGAUCUGGGCGGCCCUCAGCGCGGCCAGCCUCUUGCUCCACAAGCUGGUGCGUCCCUUCCGGCGCGGCUUCUUCUGCGGCGACGAGUCGCUGGGCUACCCGUACCGCGACAGCUCCGUCGGGACGGAGCUGCUCAUCGCCGUCGCCCUGGCCGUUCCCACCGCCGUGAUCGCCGUGGUGGAGCUCUUCAAGCAGCUGCCCGGCGGACCAGGAGGCCCCGGCGGGAAGAAGGAGGGCUGCCGGGUGUCCCACCGACUUGGCAACCUGUACCGGCAGGCCAUCUUCUACCUGUACGGCCUGGCCAUGGUCACCUUCGCCACGAUGCUCUCGAAGCUGUGCAUCGGCCGCCUGCGGCCGCACUUCUUCGCGGUCUGCCAGCCGAUGCUGCCGGACGGGAGCGGCUGCCAGGAGGGGCAGAACCUGGGGCGGUACAUCGACAGCUUCACGUGCAGCAACGCCAACAUGAGCGACUUCCAGUUCAAGCAGCUCAACCAGUCCUUCCCCAGCGGCCACGCCAGCAUGGCCGUCUACGCGAUGCUCUACCUGGCCAUCUACCUGCAGGCCGCCCUCAGCACGCGCGUCUCCAAGCUGCUCAAGCACCUGCUGCAGUUCCUCUUCGUCAUGUUCGGCUGGUACGUCUCCCUGUCGCGCAUCACCGACUACUACCACCACUGGAGCGACGUCCUCGCGGGGGCGGCGCUGGGCGUGGCCUUCGCCUGGCUGACCAGCGCCUACGUGGCGGACCUCUUCGGCGGUCGCCGGUGGCCCAAGGCGGGCUACUCCGCCAGCACGCUGCGCAAGCCGCAGGUCUCGCCGAAGAGCUCCACCAAGUCGCAGGCGGGCGGAUCCGCCGCCGGAGCGACCCAGCCCCCCGCCCUGCCGGCCUACACCUUCGGCACCCUGCCCUAUCUGGCCGCCCAUCCCGCGCAGGCGCAGCCGCAGUACGCCACGCCGUACCACAACUACGGCUACGUGCCCUGAGCUCCCUGCGGAGCCCCUAGCGAAACGUAGCUUAGCGAACCCGCAAACAUGCACAUAUGUAUUCACAAACCACGAACGGCACGGAAUUCCUGUUUUGUUUUCUCGUCUGUAUUCUAGCGAAAUAAAUGUUCAAGUACGAUACGAA